UAUUUCUCUAGUCUCUAUCUAUCUGUCAAAAAGCCGUUUGCACCUCUGAUGGGUAUCGCGUUAUUGUAAAAAUUCUCAAUAAAAUAUUUUUUCUUUACGAUUCAGUACGUUUGCUGAUAACUAAAAAUGGUUUGAAUAACACUAUUCGCCGUAAAAUAUAUAAAGUGGCUGUGCGUUGACUCUUAUAGAAAUUGUAAACAAAUCCAAAAUGUCCGUUCCUACCACUGGGCUGAGCAAAUUGAAAAAGAAACAUAUUCGUGUGAAACAUCAAAAAGUGAAGCUAUUUCGUGCUAAUGAACCGUUACUCUCUGUUUUCAUGUGGGGUGUGAAUCAUACGAUAAAUGAACUUAGCCAUGUCUCAAUACCUGUCAUGCUGCUGCCCGAUGACUUCAGAGCUUACUCAAAGCUCAAAGUUGACAAUCAUUUAUUUAAUAAAGAAAACAUGCCAUCCCAUUUCAAGGUGAAAGAGUACUGCCCACUGGUGUUCAGGAAUUUGCGGGAAAGGUUCGGCAUCGACGACAUAGACUACAAAGAAUCGCUCACAAGGUCUCAACCAAUCCCUGACGAUUCUUCGGGAAAAUCCGGUGCGAAGUUCUACCAAAGUUACGAUCGACUGUUCAUUCUGAAAACCCUCACCUCUGAAGAAGUCGAGAGAAUGCACUCAUUCCUCAAACAUUAUCAUCCUUACAUAGUGGAGCGACACGGCAAGACGCUUCUGCCGCAGUACCUCGGCAUGUACAGGCUGACUGUUGACGGCAUUGAGCACUACCUCGUCGCCACCAGGAACGUGUUCUCCAACCACCUCAACAUUCACAGAAAGUACGAUCUCAAAGGGUCGACGGUGGACCGUGAGGCGUCGGAGAAGGAGUUGGAGAAAGAGCUGCCCACGCUCAAGGACAACGACUUCCUGAAGCAGGGCGUGCGCAUCGACAUCGGCGACGCCGCCAAGGAGAAGCUGCUGGAGACGCUCACGGCUGAUGUUGAGUUCCUGACGAAGCUGCACCUGAUGGACUACUCGCUGCUGCUGGGCGUGCACGAGUGCGGGCGUGGCGAGGCGGAGGCCGAGGCCGCCCGGGCGCGCGACCUCGAGCGCGACUCCGACCGCGCCGACUCCGACACCGACUCCGACACCGACAACCGACACCACGGCGACAGAUGGGGCUACAAUACGCCACCAGACAGCCCGCGCGGGUUCGCGCGCCAGUCCUCGCUGCGGUACGAGGGCAUCAUACCAGAGCUAGACAUCUACGCCAUACCCAGCCAGGAUGCUGCUCCAAAGAAGGAGAUAUAUUUCGUAGCCCUGAUCGAUGUUCUUACACAUUACGGUGUUAAGAAACAGGCAGCGAAAGCAGCGAAGACUGUGAAGUACGGCAGCAACGUGGACGGAAUAUCGACGUGCGACCCGGAACAGUACGGCAAACGGUUCAUAGAGUUCGUCGCGAAGGCCAUAGAGGGCAACUAAACCGCCGUACUGCGCACGCGCAGCUUCUUUCAGUACCGACUGUACGGCGAUAGUAUGUGAUUAUUUGUUCUCAUGACAGGAUAAAAACAAGCAGGAAAGUUAUUGUAUAUCAUGGAAAUAUUUAAUGGAUGUGCACAACGAUAAAAUUGGUAUGUGGAAAGCGUAAAAGUACAGAUUUUUCAGUCUAUACAAUGUUAAUUACUAAAUGGUUGUGCCUGAGCGCGAAAAGAAAACACUCAAAGCGUUAACUCAAUACAAUUGCAGCAUAAUAUUACAGGCACGGGUAAGCCAUAUAGACACGCUAGGAAAUAUGGGAGCGGGUUUAAAUGAAACAAUUUUACCACGAAGAAUGACAGCGGCCCUACAUGGGUGAAGUAGUUGAGCGUGGUGAAAUGUAAUCAUAACUGCUCAGGUUACCCAUGUAUGUUCGCUCUUUGGGAGGGAUUUUCUUGAAUAGCGGUUACAUAAUGCAUGCAAUGUAGCCUGACCAGGAAUAUAGAAAACCCAUGUUGUGGUAAAAUAUGGAAUCAAUUUCUUUUACCGACAAUUUUAAAAUGAAAAAGCAAAAGUGGCGCCCCACAGUAGGUUUUUUAUUUUCCUGGUCAGACUACAGUGUCCAUUGAAACACGUCUUCGUUUUCUAGGCGGGGUUGUAACAAUUUGAAGUUGAACUGUUAGGUUGCGGUCUAUGUAUCCGCUAUCGUAGAAAUACUUAACUUUACUCAAAAACUGACUGAUUCAACUCAUGGGCCAAUACGCGUUAAAUCGAGUUACCUCAAUUAGUCUUGGUAUCGAACAUAAUUAGAUCUGGUCAAAUGCUUGAAAAAAAAAACGAAACCACUCGCAGUUCAACGUACAUUCAUUUUAGUUCUCGCUAGUAUCAUUAGGCAGGUUAAGUUCGCGAUUCUCUGUUAGAAGUCAUUCGUAUUGGAAUUUACAGGGUGUCGUAGAUUUUAUGGACGUUAGUUACUUUAGAACAUUGUCGCGUACUGAAAGAAGCGAUUGCGUUUUACACAGAAUUGAUUGUGUUGUAUGAGUUGUGACGUCAUACAUACAAGAAUAAAGAAAGGAUUUUUUCGGCUAUGAAUAACGAAUUAAAAAUUAAAAAAAUGUAUCAACAGCACGAUCAACUCGGCGUUACAUUGUUAUUCUUGUCAAAGACAAGCUCCCAUGAUACGGUAAGUGUAAGUAAAGUGAAAAUGUAACAAAAUGAAAAUGAAGUGAACAUGUUUGAAUCCAGCGGUGGGUUGAUUAGUGAUAUUGCCGGAGUUAUAUUGAACGGUUUUUACGAUGUUUGUCGUUUUCAUGUAUUCCUCGUAUUUAUUCGCUUCGUGUGCCGACUAGCACUGUGGUCCGUGUUGAAAUGUUAACGGAGCAAGUCUUGUGUAUGUUGUCAUACAUUAUACCGUCAUUGUGUGCCUUUGAAGGCCAUAAAAACGAAAAUGUAUGAAGUUGAUACUCGAUUAGUCGAUAAAAAAUGUUUUUUCGUUAUAAGUUGAACAAAUCCAUGGAAAUUAUUACAAAAGUGAUUACAUACGUAAGACUCGUUCCGGUAAUUCGCCCAACCGUGGGCAUGACGGUAAGCCAUGCUACUGGAUAUCGGAGUAACAAAUUGCUAAGUGAGGCGAUAAUGUUUAAAAAUUAUAAAAAAAGUAAUUAUUCUUACAGUGAUACUCCAUUUUACGGUUUUCAGAAUUAUAGAAUUCAAUUAUAAAUUCUAUUUUAAUAUGGGACAGUAUAACGAAGUUUAAUGUACGCUAUUUAUUCGGCAAGUGGUAUGGUAUCGCACGCAGCGCCAGUACCGACGCGCCCAUCCCUCACACGAACUGAUAUUUCACUCCUUGAGCACACUAUGCAAUAAUUUUUCAUAACUCGUUAUUAGCUUUUUUAUAACGUUCCGCUGUCGCGUAGUAGUCACUAUUGACAGAUUAAUGUUAAUUCGAUUGAAAUUAGAAAAUGUUAUCGACGGCCAGGUGAGUCGACGGAUGCACUGCGGGCCUUGCUAAUUAUGUUAAGGUGUAUCGGUCUCCGUGCUUGUGGCGAUUCUUGAAAUCGACAUACUUUUCUAAUAUGUAGAUGAGACAAGGAAUUGAUUUCAUGUUUGUCAGUCUGAGCUCGAUAUUUGAAGUGUGUGUUUCGUGGCUGUAUACUUCAGUUAUAUUGUCACGAAGAAUACAUUUUUAUGAGCCAAGCUGUACAGAUACUUUAUAAAUGUUAAUCAUAAAAAGUAUUUUUAUGGUAAUACUCUUUUUCAAAUGACUUACUUUUCGUCGAUUACAAGUGUCGCGUACAUGCUCACGUUCAAUAUAUAGAUAUAUAAAGUUCAAAAUUGUAUAAAACUGUAACUAAAUAUUGGUGUCAAAGAUAAUAAAUAAUUAUGUGUAAUUUUGCCAAUAAACCCAUAAAUAGUUCGCUUAGUUCUUGUCUAGAGUAGUGUUUUUAAACAAAUAGUAUAUAAUGAUGUAAGAUUUUGUUAUUUAUUCUAUUUCGAAUAAGACUUGUUGUUGAGGUCUUUGUGAUUUAUUCUGUGAGAAAUUCACAUGUGCCGUGUGUAGGCGAUUAAUCGAGAAAAUUUUAUAUGUACGAGUUGAUUUCGCUGCGGUACUAUCGAAUGCCGCUGACGAAGUCGACUCGAGAUGUUAGCGAAACCGAGACUUUAUCCACUUAUCGCUUAUCUCAUGAAUAAUUCUUUUAAACACUUUAACUGUCUAUUGAAUAAACAUGUAUCUAAACGAAUCAGUAUUUUAUAUAGGGCUCCACUCGGUUUGCCUUUCGGUUUGAAAUGUUUUGUCAAAGUAUAGAUUUGUGAUAAAUAUUGUUUACUUUUAGAUAUUAUUUUUUUUAGUAUAAUGCGCGUUUGCUCCUCAAAUUAGUCGCGUGUGGGUGAUAACGAAGUUUGAGGAGCGCGACAGUUCUGUAGUUGUAAAAUUUUUGUUGUCCCUGAGCGAGGCGUAGUGUAACGUGUGCUCGCGUGACACGACGCGAACUCUCGACGGAUUCCUGAACAAUGUGUUAGUCAUGAAAUGAUACGGAUAUGUCAUAUGCGUUGCCAUUGUUUAGGUCGAUAAUUGUAUUUUUUAAUAUGUAGUUGUGUUUAUUUUGAAUAGGGUUUAUCUUAUUUGUUACGGUGAAGGUUGAGACCGCGAGCCCUCGUGUUAAACAUAUUUAUUGCGUAUAAACGAUAGCUUCGCUACGAACAUAUUUGGCAUGCAAGCAACACGGUUGAUAUGUUAAUUUUCUAGUCUACUAUUCUUGUAAAAAACAUAAAAAAUGUGUAUGAAAAUUGAAACUUAAUUUUUUAAAUAUUCGGUUUAUAAAGUUUCUGCAAUAUAUA